AUGUUGUACUGGACUUUUAUUCUCUGGUUCUUACAGAUUCCGAAAUUUGUCUCUGCCAUUAUGACUGUGAAUAUCAGUAAAUGCUAUUACAAAACUACUGAAGAUUUUCACCAUGAAGGAGAUGUCAUGAUUGGUGCAUUUUUUCCUAUUCAUACUUACUACUCUGCAAAGAAAAUUCCACAUCCAUUUCUACCAUACUAUUAUCUAGAUAAUCAUAUACAAUAUAAUUUUAAGAACUACCAGUAUAUACUUGCUCUGUUAUUUGCCAUUGAGGAGAUCAAUGGGAACCCUAAUAUUUUACCUAAUAUAUCACUUGGAUUUGAUUUCUACAAUGUCCGAUUCACUGAGAAGGACACUCUCAUGAAUGCUUUUAAUUGGUUCACAAAUAGAAGGAAGAAAAAGAUUUUGCCAAACUACAACUGUAACAAGAAAAAAUUUUCUGCUGCACUCACAGGAACAUCUUGGACAACAUCUGCCCAAAUUAGUACUUUAUUUCAACUAUUCAAAUUUCCACAGCUUUCCUAUGGACCUUAUGAUCCCAUCUUGAGUGACCGAAGUCAGUAUUUUUCUCUCUACCAGAUGGCCCCAAAGUAUACAUCACUUUCACAUGGCAUUGUCUCUUUGAUGGUUCAUUUUAGGUGGUCCUGGGUUGGUCUCAUCCUUCCAGAUGACCACAAAGGGAAUAAAAUUCUACCAGAAAUCAAAGAAGACAUGCAGAGAAAAGGAGUCUGUAUAGCUUUUGUUAAAAUGAUCCCUGCCACCUGGACUUCACAUUUUAGCAAAUUCUGGGAAAAUAUGGAUGAGGUAAAUGUCAUAAUUAUAUAUGGUGACAUUGAUUCUCUAGAAAUUCUAAUGAGAAAUAUUGGACAAAGGUUAUUGACAUUGAAAGUCUGGGUCUUGAACAUUGAACCACAUGUUACUGACUAUGCUGAUUAUUUCUUGUUAGACUCAUUCCAUGGGAGCUUAAUUUUUACUCACCAUUACAGAAAGAAUUUUGAGUUCACCAAUUUCAUUCAAACAGUUAAUCCUUACAAAUACCCAGAAGAUAUUUAUCUUCCUAAGUUGUGGCAUUUGUUCUUCAAGUGCUCAUUUUCUGAUAUUGAUUGUCAACUAUUGGCUAACUGUCAAGCCAAUGCUUCUUUGGAUGUAUUGCCUUGUCAUAUAUUUGACAUAGCGAUUAGUGAAGAGAGCAAGACUAUCUAUAAUGCCGUGUAUGCUCUGGCUCAUAGUCUUCAUGUGAUGAGUAUUCAACAAAUACAAAUACAACCCCAUGAAAAUGGGGAUGUGUUGGUGUUCUCGCCCUGGCAGCUUAACACUUUCUUAAAGGAAAUUGAUGAGAGAGACAACAUGAGUUUAGAUUGGAGACAGAAACUAAAUGCAGAAUAUGACAUUCUUAACCUUUGGAAUUUACCAAAGGGUCUUGGACUAAAGGUGAAAAUAGGAUCCUUUUCUGCAAAUACUGCCCAGCACCAACAGUUGUCUUUGUCUGAAGAGAUGAUCCAAUGGCCAGAAGGAUUUUUAGAUAUCCCCCAGUCUGUGUGCAGUGAGAGUUGUAAGCCCGGAUUCAGAAAAAUAAUCCUGGAGGGCAAGGCGAUCUGCUGCUACAAUUGCACUCCUUGUGCAGAAGAUGAGAUUUCUAAUGAGACUGAUGUGGAUCAAUGUGUGAAGUGUCCAGAGAGUCAUUAUUCAAAUACAGAGAAGAAUCACUGCUUCCAGAAAACUGUGAUUUUUCUGGCCUAUGAAGACCCCUUGGGGAUGACACUGGCCUGUAUAGCUUUGUGCUUAUCUGCACUCACAGCCUUUGUUAUUGGCAUCUUUGUGAAAUACAGAGACACUCCUAUUGUCAAGGCCAAUAACCGAGCUCUCAGUUACACUUUGCUCAUCACCCUCACCUUCUGCUUCCUUUGCUCUUUGAACUUCAUUGGUCAACCCAACCUGACCACCUGCAUCCUACAACAGACCACAUUUGGAGUUGCAUUCACUAUGGCUCUUGCCACUGUGUUGGCAAAAGCUAUUACUGUAGUUAUUGCAUUCAGAGCCACUUUUCCAGGGAGAAUGGUGAGGUGGCUAAUGAUGUCAAGGGUCCCAAACUACAUCAUUCCUAUCUGCACCCUGAUCCAACUUCUUCUUUGUGGAAUAUGGAUGGCAAUCUCUCCUCCAUUCAUUGACAAUGAUGUUCAUACUGAACAUGGAUACAUCAUCAUUUUUUGCAACAAGGGCUCAUCUUUUGCUUUCCACUGUGUCCUGGGAUACCUCUGCUCCUUGGCAUUUGGAGGAUAUACCAUGGCUUUCUUAUCUAGAAAUCUACCUGGCACAUUCAAUGAAUCAAAAUUUCUGUCAUUUAGCAUGUUGGUGUUCUUCUGUGUCUGGGUCACCUUUCUUUCAGUCUACCACAGCACCAAGGGGAAGUUCAUGGUGGCUAUGGAAGUCUUCGCUAUCUUAGCUUCCAGUUCAGCCCUCCUUGGAUUCAUAUUUGGUCCUAAGUGUUACAUUAUCUUGAUCAGACCAGACAGGAAUUCAUUUCAUCAUAUCAGGGACAAAACACAUUCUCGAAGGAAUAAGACUUAUGUAAUGUAG